CUCGACAACUUUGUUGACGUGCUCACGGCCAUCGUCACUACCCUCGACAGCACAGUAGACGACAUUCCGUUCUCCCAUGCUCUCGACCAGCUCGUCGAGGCCGGCAUUCCCGUGGAUCCUGCACCAACCCCCUCACAGCCUCGUCCCACGCUCACCCAGGCCUUCUCAAACGCCGUCGUCACUCAUCAUGACCUCCCAGCGCUCAUUGACGGAGACCUCACUUUGACAUACCGCGAAGUCGACAUCCUCUCUUCAGUUCUCUCCAGGCGGAUCUUAGAGGCCACGAAGCAGCAAGAAAUCCAUGCCUUUGUGUCUUUCUGCAUUCCUCCGGGG